AUGCUGAACACUUCUCUGCGCCGUGUGGUGGCGCGUACAUGUUCGAGCACGCCUUCUCCGGUCCCCUCCCUCUCAACCACACCCACCAUAGCAUGCUUUACUUCCCAUGCUCACCAGAGAAGACACUCUUCUUCGAAACCUCCUGUCCCUCCCAACAAUGGCUCUCCUCCUAUCCCUACUGCCGUGAAGCAGGUGAAUACUCCUUCGUCCGAGUCUAGGCAGGCCACAACCGAGUCUCGCUCCUCACGACGACGAAACGCAAAAGAAAAGCUGGAUGCCAAAGACGAAUCCGAGUACUACAAUUGGGCUUCUUCUCUACCCAGCGUGCCCAGCCUCCACUUGAAUCCCAAAGAUGUCUAUCUUGCUGCUUUCUUUGGCACUUACCGACCCACUUCCAUAACCGGCCCCGUUGUCCCAGAGUCCACAAUGGACGCUGUCGACAAGAUCUUUCAACCCAAGCCUAAGAGGUCUCGUACGGCACCCCAAGAUGUUAUUUACACUCUUUCGUCCGCCGUCGAAAACCUCAACGAUCAAAUGACCACCAAGAAAGCCGACCAAAAGGCCCAUAUCAUCAAAGCUCUUGUUCAAGCAAACAAUAAUGUGGAUUCCAACGAACCCCAUCAUCUUGAUGGCGCACCACAAUCCAUCAAUUCUAGUUUACCCAAUGUGAGAAUUGCUCUCCAAGAGAUUGCACGAAGAUUCCGGCCCUACAAUGUCCCUCCUGCACCCGUCCCCCUUGCCGAUCCCCAUGCGAAAUCUGUGCAACACCAGGAAGCAGAAAACGAAAUGUUCCUAGACGUUGAGGUACAACAAGCAGGUUCCGAGCCUUAUGUCCAGCGCGUCGUCAUCAAUGGUCAAAAUAGUGAAGAUCCAGAGACCAGGGAUUUCUUCACAAGCAAUGGUGCGCCCACAGUCGAAGUCGAAGACCCGGCUGGUUUCCAGUACAUUGUUGGUCCUGAAAUCAAUCAGCCUUCCGUAGGCCGUCGGCGACAAGGGCUAUAUCGAAGCCCUACUAUGAUGGCCAUCAGUGUCAAGAGACAACGGCGACUGAAGAUGAAGAAACACAAGUUCAAGAAGCUGACUAAGCGAUUGAGGACUCUUAGACAAAGACAAGGCAAGAUCUAG